AUGAAAGAAUUUGAAGACGUAAGCUUGAAUGAUUUAAAUAAGUUUUUUUGAAGUUGUAAAAAUGUCACUUUGUAGGUCUAAAGAAUUACAAAAUUUUUUUAGCUUGUCACUGUUCAACUUAACAUAUAUCAACGAAAAGUAAAAUAUAUGAUAAACCCAUCUAUCAAUAAAAGUGCAUCGUAUGUGAACUAUUUUGUUCAACAUUGUAAAAACACUUAUGGUGGAGUUGAACAUUUGGCUGAAGUAAGUCAUUUUUAAAAACUAGAUUUACGAUUUUAUGUUUUUACUCUAGCAAAUGGUUGGUACUAACUAAUGCGGGUAUAAACUUUAAGGUGAAACUAUGUACACAAAAAUGUUAAAAACCAAAAGAUUUACAUGUAAAAAUCAGUGAAGGGUAGGCGGAAGCUUUAAGGGCCAAAAGGGUUAGGGGUGGACUUGGGUAUGGCCAAAAGGGUCAGGGGUAGGGUCAGGUAGGGUCAAACGGGUCAGGAGUAGUGUUGGGUAGGGCCAAAAAGGUCAGGGGUAUAGCUAAAAAGGUCAGGGGUAGGGUCAGGUAAGGCCAAAAAGGUCAGGGGUAGGGUCAAGUAGGGCCAAAAAGGUCAGGGGUAGGGUCGGGUAGGGCCAAAAGGGUUAGGGGUGGACUUGGGUAGGGCCAAAAGGGUCAGGGGUAGGGUCAGGUAGGGUCAAACGGGUCAGGAGUAGGGUUGGGUAAGGCCAAAAAGGUCAGGGGUAUGGCUAAAAAGGUCAGGGGUAGGGUCAGGUAGGGCCAAAAGUGUCAGGGGUAGGGUCAGGUAGGGUCAAACGGGUCAGGAGUAGGGUUGGGCUAAAAAGGUCAAGGGUAGGGUCAAGUAAGGCCAAAAAGGUCAGGGGUAGAUUCAAGUAAGGCCAAAAAGGUCAAGGAUAGGGUCAGGUAGGGCCAAAAGGGUUAGGGGUGGACUUGGGUAGGGUCAAAAGGGUCAGGGGUAGGGUCAGGUAGGGUCAAACGGGUCAGGAGUGGGGUUGGGCUAAAAAGGUCAGGGGUGGUCAGGUAGGGCCAAAAAGGUCAGGGGUAUGGCUAAAAAGGUCAGGGGUAGGGUCAGGUAACGCCAAAAAGGUCAGGGGUGGGGUCAAGUAGGGCCAAAAAGGUCAGGGGUAGGGUCGGGUAGGGCCAAAAGGGUUAGGAGUGGACUUGGGUAGGGCCAAAAGGGUCAGGGGUAGGGUCAGGUAGGGUCAAACGGGUCAGGAGUAGGGUUGGGUUAAAAAGGUCAGGGGUAGGGUCAGGUAGGGCCAAAAAGGUCAGGGGUAUGGCUAAAAAGUCAGGGGUAGGGUCAGGUAAGGCCAAAAAGGUCAGGGGUAGGGUCAAGUAGGGUCAAACGGGUCAGGAGUAGGGUUGGGCUAAAAAGGUCAGGGGUGGUCAGGUAGGGCUAAAAGGGUCAGGGGUACGGUGGGGUAACAUUUUUUUGCCAUUCCGCAAUAUAUUUUUUAUAUAAUAUUUAUUGUUCCGGAGAUGUCACUAUUCCGCCAUUCCGGAGGUGUCACUAUUCCGGCGUUCCAGAAAGUGUUCCAUUCCGGAGGUGACACAACACGAUUUUCUGUUUUCCUAAUAUUGUAUUUUAUUAAUACCAAUUUUUAAACGCCUGCACUAAUUCACAUUUAUAAGCCAAUGCACGGCUCGCCAAAAAUAGAAAAUUAGUAAAAAAUCGAUUGUAGACAUUUCGUCAACGCCACUACUGAUCCAAAAAAUAAAAAAUACGAAAAUGUUUUAGAAUAUAUUGUAAAUUACACGAUGUAUAUGUUGUAAUACAUGAUUUUACUUUCAAAUUUUGUUUAAAAUAUUAAAUAUGUUUUUCCGCGCCUCUGGGAGCAAAAGCGAUGAAAAUCCGUCAAGUUUGGACACUAAUACAGCCAAGACGCGACAAAAAAUAAAAUAGCAGCUGCAAUAACAAAAAGUCACAAAUUAUCGGAAAAGACGAUCGAUGACGAAUCUAUAUUUUGAUUGAUUUUGCGGUUUGGCGAGCCGUGCAAUGCUUUUGCCCAAUUUUUACACUUCAAGGUUGUGCUGUUAGAACAGCCAAUUGUUUAUUUAUGAAGUGCAAAAAUGUUUUUUGCGAAAAUUAAAUUUUUUUACAAUAUUAUGCAAAAUUUAAACUUUUUUUACGUCUUGGGGGCAUAAUAGAGAAAAGUCGUCAAGCGCAAGAAUAGUUAUAUUAUAAUGUUUUAAAUAUUGUUUUAGCAUAUCAACAAAGCGGUUACUAAAAACUGUCAACUACACAACGGCGAAGUUUUUAUUAAAGCAACGAAACUUUUUGGCCAACUAGAAGAGAAAUUCAACAUUACAGGAUGGAGAAAGCAAGAAAGGCAAAAAAAAAACAGUAAGUUUAAUAAUUAUACUUACAAUAAGCAAAAACGGUGAUUGUUUUUAGCCCACCCCCAGAAAAUUUUCCACAGGUAGUGUGGGGGUUGUACCCAGGGUUGGCAACAGGGCAGGGCAUAGGGCUUUUUUUGAUCGGUCACAGGGCAGGGCAUACGCUUCACACGUGCAGGGCAUGCCCUAUGCCCUGUAAAUGUCCUGCAAUGCCCGGUAAAAAAAUAAUUUUUAUUUUUUGUUUUCUAGUAAGAGAGCAUAGAGAAAGAAAGAAAGAUAAUGUUCAAACCCAGUCGAAACGCGACUGUGUAUUUAAGUUGGCGACUGUGUAUUUAAGUUUGGUAUAAAGGUUCGCCCAAGAAUCAGACAUGGGCGUUGAAAAAUUUCAAACUAUUUUAAAACCGCUCAUGUUUUGACAAAAGGUAGUACUUGGGCACAGAAAUGCAAAAAUGUUAAAAAAAAUUUAAAACUUGGGUUACGGUAGGAUUUAAACCUUUUUUGUAACUCUUGUACUAAAUGUCAGAAUAGAAUGGGACUUUUUUUAAAUUGUUUGUCACUAUAAAACAUUCAUUUUAUCUGUUGACAACUUUUCUUUAUUAUGCUCGGAAGGCAUCGAAAAAAAUUAAAAUUUGCCAAAAAAUCAUGAAAAUUUUACGAAAUUUAAAAUUCCUCAAAAAACCUCACAUGUGAUAAACUUUUGACAAUAGGAGAUAAAACUACAUGCUAUUGCGGUUUUAAUGACUCUAAUUUUGGGUUAUCCCAGCGGGGCCUGCGGGAGCUACAAAUUUUUAAAGUUGGCACCCUAAGGUCAUUUAGCAUAGAAUUUAGAUGUAAUUUGGUUCAAAAUGGUUAAAAAAGGUGCAUGGCACAUAUUGCAAGUUUUAUAAAUGUUUACAAACAAUUUCCCCCUAGGGAAAUUGCAAUUUAAAAAAAUAUUUUUUUUUUAAAUUUAAAUUUUAAAAAAAUUUUUAAAGCUUGAAAAUUAAAUGAAUAUGACAUGACUUUUGGAAAAUGACCCAUACACAGACGUCGCUACGGAUUUUCUCUGGGGAGGGAAAGGUUGAAAAAAAUUUUUUCGUGUACAGGUCCCCCCUGUGGCCCAAUUUUUCAAAAAAUUUUUUUUCGUUUUUUUUUGCGUACAGGCCUUGUAUAGGUCAAUUACCAAAAGCCAAGGCAUAUUAUUUAAUUUCCGAGCUUCAAAAAUUUUUUAAACUUAAAAUUUAAAAAAAAUUUAUUUUUUUUAAAUUACGAUUUCCCUAAGGCAAUAUAAAGGAAGUUGUUUGUAAACACUUAUAAAACUUGCAAUAUGUGCCAUGCACCUUUUUUAACCAUUUUGAAUCAAAUUACAUCCAAAUCUUAUGCUAAAUCAGCUUAGGGUGCCAUUUAAAAAUUCGUAGCUCCCGCAGGCCCCGCUGGGAUGACCCAAAAUUAGUGUCAUUAAAACCGCAACAGCAUUUAGUUAUAUCUCCUAUUGUCAAAAGUUUAUCACAUAUGAGGUUUUUUUUGAGAAAUUUAAAAAUUUCGUAAAAUUUUCAUGAUUUUUCGGCAAAUUUUAAUUUUUUUUCGGUGCCUUCCGGGCAUAAUAAAAAAAAGUUGUCUACAGAUAAAAUGAAUGUAUUAGAGUGACAAACAAUUUAAAAAAAGUCCAAUUCCAUUAUGACAUUUAGUACAAAAGUUACAAAAAAAGUUUAAAUCCUACCGUAACCCUACCGUAACCCAAAUUUUGAAAAUUUUUUUACAUUUUUGCCUUUCUAUGCCUAAGUACUAGUUUUUGUCAAAAAAUGAGCGGUUUUGAAAUAGUUUGAAAUAUUUCAUCGCCACUGUCUGAGCGAUGUUCGAUUCUUAGGCGAACCUUGUUUUAAUAUGUUGGUUGCUUCCUCUAGUAUGGGCCCAAAUAUUUUUUAAAAAUAUUUAGGAUAGCCCAUAAAGAAAAUCGUCUAUAAAAAAAUUCGCCCAUAGGUGUGCAUUACACAAAAAACAAGAGAAUUUUUUAAACAAAACUAUUUUUUAAAUGCAACUUUUUAUGCUCUUCCAUCCUAUCUAUGUCUUGUUCAAAAAGCCGAGGGAUAUUUGGUGACAUUCUCUAGUAAGCCUUAAGUUAUAUUCAAAACCACCGUGCCCCGUUUUUUAAUGUUGCAACUGUAUGAUGUGUACUUUUAGAACCGACUACUACAUUUCUCUGCCAACCUUUGUAG